AUGGAAGAACACGGGGUGACCCAAACAGAGCACAUGGCCACCAUCGAGGCCCACGCAGUGGCCCAGCAGGUGCAGCAGGUCCACGUGGCCACCUACACAGAGCACAGCAUGCUGAGCGCGGACGAAGACUCGCCCUCUUCGCCGGAGGACACGUCCUACGAUGACUCUGACAUCCUCAACUCCACGGCUGCUGACGAGGUCACCGCCCACCUGGCUGCGGCAGGUAAAGGCGCCGGGAUGCUCGGAGCUCACAUGUUAGGCCCCCGCGGCCUUGGGGCGGGGGCGCCCGCCGCUGCCGUGGCAACGGGUAAAAAACGAAAGCGACCGCACGUUUUUGAGUCCAACCCGUCAAUCCGCAAGAGGCAGCAGACACGUUUGCUACGGAAGCUCCGAGCCACGCUGGAUGAGUACACCACCAGAGUGGGGCAGCAGGCCAUCGUUCUGUGCAUCUCGCCCUCCAAACCCAAUCCUGUCUUUAAAGUAUUCGGUGCUGCACCCUUGGAGAACGUGGUACGCAAGUACAAGAGCAUGAUUCUGGAAGACCUGGAGUCCGCCCUAGCGGAGCACGCUCCUGCACCUCAGGAGGUUAACUCGGAGUUGCCGCCCCUCACCAUCGAUGGCAUUCCCGUCUCGGUGGACAAGAUGACCCAGGCACAGCUGCGAGCUUUCAUCCCUGAGAUGCUGAAGUACUCCACGGGCCGCGGGAAACCGGGCUGGGGCAAGGAAAGCUGCAAGCCCAUCUGGUGGCCUGAGGACAUUCCGUGGGCCAACGUUCGCAGCGAUGUCCGCACAGAGGAGCAGAAGCAGCGGGUGUCGUGGACCCAGGCGUUGCGGACUAUCGUGAAGAACUGCUACAAGCAGCACGGGCGUGAGGACCUGCUCUACGCGUUUGAGGAUCAGCAGACACAGCAGCAGACGACGACCACACACAGUAUAGCGCACCUGGUGCCGUCACAGACGGUGGUACAGACCUUCAGUAACCCUGAUGGCACCGUGUCCCUCAUCCAGGUUGGCACUGGUGCUACCGUUGCCACGCUGGCCGAUGCCUCAGAGUUGCCCACCACAGUCACCGUCGCGCAAGUCAAUUAUUCGGCAGUCGCUGAUGGAGAGGUGGAGCAGAACUGGGCAACGCUACAGGGGGGUGAGAUGACUAUCCAGACGACGCAGGCAUCAGAGGCCACGCAGGCGGUGGCAUCAUUAGCAGAAGCAGCCGUGGCAGCAUCUCAGGAGAUGCAACAAGGAGCGACUGUUACCAUGGCACUCAACAGCGAAGCAGCUGCCCACGCAGUAGCCACGCUUGCCGAAGCCACUCUUCAAGGGGGAGGACAAAUUGUCCUCUCUGGUGAAACUGCAGCAGCAGUAGGAGCACUUACCGGAGUCCAAGAUGCCAAUG